AUGUCGGAUAUUAAUAUGAAGUACCUUUUUGGCACUGAGGCCUACCUGGAGUGCAUCACUGCUGAUCGACCCGAGGCUGACGAAGCCGAGCUAAGGGCUCAGGCACUGGAUUACAUCAAGAACUUCAAAGAAGGAUUGUCAGAGGAUCCCAUCGUAACAAUCGUGACCGGCGAGCUGCUCCGUGAUGGCGACACAGUGGAUACUACCAAUGCUUUUGGUAAGGUCAUUGGUAAACAGAUUGUAGCCAACCAGGCUGUCAUGGACAAGGUGACCAACCACCUGGAGACUCUCACGGCUUCUGCGUGUACCCCUGUUGACCUUCGCGAGCCAAUGCGCCGAGUUGAACAGAAGUUCUUAUCGGGCCCUGGCGCAGGUGCUAUCAUCGGCGCUCAAGUGAUCGACUUCCAGAAGCAAGAUGGUGUUACCGAGAUCGUCGAAGCGGUCGAAGCCAAUGCAGUUGAGAGGCGUUUCAAUGAUGCUCUCUUCGAAGACGAAAAGAAGGGAGGUGUGAAGAUUCGUCGUUAUCCAGUCUUCGUUGGUUGUGUCAGUAACUUCACCAACUUCCUCGAUCUCUUCCGGAAGUCUAUCAGGAAUAUCGAGCUCGGC